UGGGGCCGAUGUGCCGCACCUCUCAACUCUUCGCUUCCUCUUCCUCUCUUCUUUCCCCGCUCGCUCUCCUUCAAACUUCCCCGCCUUUCCUUUCCCAAAUCCCCUUAAUCUCGACCCACUAGCAUAUCACCGGCGACGGUCAAUCGAGCUAGUUUGUUACUUGGCGGUCCGUAUGAUACGAAUGAAAAUUUCUAUAUCGGAGCUGUCAGGAAUUUCCACAAUGAGUUCAGGACAUGUGUGUAGUGUAGCAUCGUGCUAGGGAGCACUCUUGUUUGUUUCAGCCAUAAUUUGAGAAAGUCAUCAAGAAGGUUUAAGGAAUUCCAGGGGAUGGCAUUUAGAGGGCGAGGGCGAGGACGAGGUGGUGGUGGGUCCUUUCAGUAUGCCAAGCAAGAACCCUUCGAGCUUUUCCCAGAGAAUGUAACUCUACCCAACGUCAGUGAUAUACCUGAAGCAAAAGGCUUGGUUAUUUGUAACUCCAGGUUGCUGAACUAUUGGAAGGCCUCUCCUUUUUAUCUAGAGGAAAAUGUCAUGAAAAAGAUGCAAAGAACUGAGAUCGAGAGAUUUUCCGAUAGAACCAAGUCAAAUAGUACGUUGAAGCGCGAUUCCCUUGCACAAAUUCUACAGCUCACUUCGAGGAACUUUCCUGAAGAACUGGUUGAAGGUUUCAAAGGGAAGUUGCGGAGCAAACGAAAAGUUCAAUGGAAUCCCGAGUCAGGACUUACAAAACUGGACUUCCUUGAGAAGCGUGAAGAAUCUCUCAAGGGACAGAAUAAGGAUGAUAAGGAGAAGAAAGAAGGAGAAGGAGAAGAAGAUGAAGACGAAGAAGAAGACGAUGCACAGUCCGAGGAACUCACCGAUGACGACUAUUAUCAGAACGAAUACUUCGACGACGAUGAAGAUGAUUACAACAUGGAAGAGGAAGGCGGAGAUGAACCUGAAUAUUAGUGACCAUGGAAAGUGGUAGUAAGAUUUGGGGCUUGUUUCUCCCACUCCAAGAGAAUAGUCAGUUUUUUUUUUUUUUAGACUGUAAAGUAUUAU